GAAAAUUUGAUAAUUGUACCUUUUUCAAAAGACCGACAACUUUAGGCCGUUGCUGUGUUCGACCUUGCCUUGUGGUACAUGAAAUACCAUCCAAUACAGGCAUCAUGAAGGCCACUCUUGCUCGUUCUGCUCGUCUUGGGCGAAAAGGCCAUAUAUUCGGCCAAAUCCUCAAUGAUGCUCCUCCCGUUCCAGAGCGGGAAUUGGCAAAGCAGCUGUCUCGUCGUAUAAAAAAGGCCGAGAAAGAUGAACGUAUGGACAUAACGAUGGCCUUGACCCCCGUGAAAACCUAUAUGGGUGGUUUCACGAGGCCCAAAGAAUUCCGGAUGAGCAAUUGGCUCAGUGGUGGACGUUACCUUUCCAACGCAAAGAUGUACGAGACUCCCCACCAUGCGGCAUAUGAACCCCAUACCAUCUUUCUCCUGGAAUCUCGCUACCCUAUCAAGUUUGGCGUCGGCCGCACGGAAUGUGUUGACCAUAUCGUUGCUUUCUGCCGUGCCGUUGAUUUCGACGCUGUCUUAAAGAGGUACAAUUCGCUCCGAGCCCCUAGUGAAGCUUUGGAAUCCAUGGACAACGCCCGGUGGCCUUGGACACCACAAAAGAGACUUAAGCGCGUUCUUUAUAACCUUAACAACGAGCUGAAGGGCAGCUUAGAGAAGGACGAGGACGAUCUAUUGCAAGAGCCCGUUGUUUCGCCCAAUGUUGCCGCUGAUCUUGCGACGUCCCCCACACCGCCUCGUCGGGAGCGCCCCGAACGUCCAAAGGAUAAACUGAAGCAGACCGAAGCUGUAGUUCAGCGGCAUAGAGAGGCCGAUCUUAGUACAGUCAACGCGGAGAUAAUAUCUAGGCAGGAAAAGGUUCCCUUCGAAGUUGAGCACUCCGACGGCACCUUCCAUCAUCCCAGCGGUUUUCAGCCUCCAACCUCUGCGAAUGGCUUUGCUCAAUCUCCUCUUCCUCCUCCCAACGCAGUCGAUAUGCGCCCGGUCCGUCAAGGAUCCAACAAUCCUGAUGCCGCAGUGGAUGCUGAGCAGUGGAAGGUUAUUCGAGAGACGGAGAGCAAAGAUGGCGCACUCAUGGCAGACUUGACAGCCAGCGCGAUGGUUGGUGACGUCGUCGCACACACGGAACCACGGAACGAGAAGAUACCUACAGAAGUAAGCGGUGUUGUCACACAGGGUUCUUCUCAGCCUCCACAACAUGCAUCUGGUUUCAUACCUCCCACUCCUGCUAUGGCUCGAGGAGAGACCGAAGCUUUAACACACACCGUCAUAUCCGACGCGUCGGACUCGGACAAGGAUGCUGUUGAAAAACACCAAAUUGCUGUUGCUACACUCAGGAAGGAGUAUUCCCAGGUGAUAAAAAAUGAGCCGUUCUGGCGUCCGCUCCUUGCGUUGACGGUGGCCACGCGUCCGAUGGGGGCAUCGAUUGUGCGUCUAUCAAGAUCCUUAUCGCGUGGGUUGCCCUUCCACGCUACCCUUGAUAACCACGACCGAAAGUCGACUGCGACCUUGGGUAACCGAUUCCGUUGUCUCCGAUUGCAGAGGAUGGAGGAUCUUGCGGUUGAAAUGGCGCAACUCCUUGCUGGGGCGAGGGGCGGAUUGGUUGGAAUACGAUUCAGCCCGGAGGACAGAGGACGAGGUCUUAAUGGUGAGGGUUUGGAUGCUCCGAUUCCUUGGGAGAAGAGGGUUAUUGGUGUUGGUAUUGGAUCGUGGUACGAACGUGCAGAGGAGCUGAAAGAAACAUAUCGUAUUGAAGGCGAAGAGGAAGUGAAGCAAAAGUAUCUCCCUGGCGACGAAAACGAUGCAUUCCUGAUCUAUGACCUUGACGAGAGCGGCCGAACGGAAAGGAAGGAUCUGCCUUGGCAGUCACAGGGGGAUUCCGAUACCUUAAAGAUUCCCUCAGAGCUUCAGGAUGUCCUAGAUGAGAUCAGCGAGCUCGUGAACGCUUUGGAUGAAGAGCGGGAUCUAAUUGCCGACCCCAUUUAUGUGUUAGUUCCUGCGAGAGAGGAAGUGAGGGAUGCGGAAGGAUAUCUUGUAGAGCCCCAGGACGUCGCCCCUGUGGUUUUGGUGAAAAGUGCUAGCAGGGAACCGCCGCCGGGAUUCCAUCUAUUGUCUGGUGGCCAAGCGAGAAAACAUAUGAAGAACAGGAUCGAUUACCUGAAUAAACUUCAUAAAGGAGAGUUGGCCAGGCAUUUUGCGAGCAGACUUAACCAAGUUGUGUACCCGUAGAGCAGAUCUGACACCCUCUACUUACUUGAAUAUUCCUUGUAAUCUAAUGAUACUUUACAGACAAGAGUUGUUUUUUGAAGUGAUACGCUCAUAACUGGGCAGAAUCGACUGUAGGCGGGAUUUCCUGGGGACGUGGCGCUGGUCCA